UAUAAAACCUAAAAUAAAUUUUUAUUCGAAAUAUAGUCUAAAGAAGAGAAGUGUGUUGUAGACCCUAAAAUAAAUUUUUACUCGAAAUAUAAUCUAAAGAAGAGAAGUGUGUUGUAGACACUGUAAUAAAUUUAAUUCAAAUGUAUUUAAUCAAUGCACUUUCUAAUGUGAUUUUUUUAUAUAUAGCUCCUGCUAUAUUACGCAUCUUGCAACAUAUUCUUACGGAUGAGGAGUUCCGAUAUGGUAUUGAGAUAUUUUAUAACAUGCCUGUUAUAUCACCAACUCUCGAUGAUUUUUGGAAGGCUAUGCAAAAGGCUUACGGUGAAGAAAGUAUAUUCGUAUUAAAUAUAAAAGAAAAAAUGAAUCCUUGGACAAAGUUAAAACAUUAUCCUGUAUUAAUGGUUAGACAACACCCUAACUUGACAAUAUCGAUAGAAAAUAUCAAAAGUUUAGAUUUGGAUAGAGAAUUGAACAUACUCGUAACCAUAACUAAGGAGACAGCACCUGACUUUACAGUAUCUAUGAACAAACCUUACACAUUCUGGAUAUCUUCCUCGAGUAUUGCUACUUUUUAUUUUUUCCACGACUUGAAUGAAUGGAUAAUAGUUAAUACACAACAAAUUGGAUAUUAUCGCGUUAAUUACGAAACCAACAAUUGGCUAAAUAUUGCGAGAUAUCUGAAUAAUAUUACGCUAUAUAAGGAAGAACAUGUUCUCAAUCGUGCUCAAAUCGUCGAUGACGCAUAUUACUUCAUGAAGACAGGCCAGAUGAAUUUGUCCACUUUCGUAAACCUCACGGAAUAUCUAUCGCAUGAGACAAAUUAUGUGGCAUGGUAUCCUAUGUUUAAAGCUCUCGAAGACAUGUCAAAUAUCUUUUUAUUUUCGAGCGAAGAAAUCAAUCAUUUAAAGGAAAAAAUAGCAGAAAGUUUAUAUAAACUUCUUCAGCGUAUAACAUACAAUAAAACACCUAUCGACAACGAGCUUACAAAAUGUUUACGGCAAGAAGCCGCUAAAUGGUUAUGUGUUUUCGGUCAUCCCAAUUGCAAGAACAUAGUAUAG